AAAACAAAUUGUUAAAAAUCGUUGUACAAAUUACACUCCAAAAAGCUCGUAGCAUUAGAGCUCAACACAGAAAAGAAAAACCCCCAUAUUUCACAGAAAAAAAAAGUCCAAAUCCAGAGCUCCAAAGAAAGCUAAUCCAACCCAACCCAUGGCUUUGCCGGACGUCGUUGAAUUCGCUCGCAAUUUCGCUGUCAUGGUCAGAGUCCAAGGCCCUGACCCAAAGGGCAUGAAGAUGAGAAAACACGCUUUUCACCAAUACCAUUCUGGCAAAACGACCCUAUCAGCUUCUGGAAUGUUACUUCCUGAUACCCUUUACGAUGGUGAGGUAGCUAAGGGGCUUUAUGGCCAAGAUAAUCAAUGCCCGGUAUUGGUUGUGACUGUCGCCUCUGUUGUUGAGCCUUUUCUGUCACUGCAACAUAGACAGAACAUUGCUAAGGGCCCACCCGAGCUGAUUUCCGGCGUUGAGAUCGAUGUUAUGGUAGAGGGUAAAAUGGGGUCUGAGGAUUUGGAUGAAGGUGCUCCUCGUUGGAUUGGCGCGAAAAUUUUAACAUUAGCUGAUAUCCCUGCAUCUGCCCUUGCUCUCCAAUCUAUUACUGAAGCUUCUUCGGGAUCACCAGAGAAUGGAUGGGAGGUUGGUUGGUCUUUGGCAUCACAUGGAAAUGGUCCUCAGCCUAUUAUGGAUGCUAUUCAGAAAGAGCGUGAUGCUAAAUCUUUCUUGGAGCGUCAGAGCCAUUUGACAGUGGGAGAAUCAGGCAAUUUUAGUCUUUUGGGAAAGUCAACAACUAGAAUUGCGAUUCUUGGAGUUUCCUUACUGCCUAAGGAUGUGCCUAACAUCGUCAUAUCACCAUUGAAUAAGAGGGGGGAUUUUCUUCUAGCGUUGGGUUCGCCUUUUGGUGUCUUAUCACCUUUGCACUUCUUUAACAGUAUAUCAGUCGGAUCCAUUGCCAACUGCUAUCCACCUAAUUCAUUGAAUAGAUCAUUGUUGAUGGCUGACAUACGGGGUCUUCCUGGAAUUGAGGGUGGUCCAGUUUUUGGUGAGCAUGCACAUCUCAUCGGUAUUUUUAUAAAACCGCUAAGGCAAAAAGCCAGUGGUGCUGAAGUUCAGCUGGUGAUUCCAUGGGAAGCCAUGGCAACUGCUUGUUGUGAUUUGCUGCGGAAGGAUCCUCAAAAUGCAGAAAAAGGACCUGGUUACAAGGAAGGAAAUUUUAAUGCUGUUGGGAAAGCAUUUUUAUCUGAUGGCAAAGACUUAGAUGGAACCUUUCGCUAUUUGCACAAGCAUCUUGAUUCCUAUUACCCCUCCCAGCUAGCAGUUGAGCAGGCAAUGGGUGCUAUUUGUCUUGUUACUUGUGAUGAUGGAGUUUGGGCAUCUGGGGUUCUGCUCAACAACCAAGGCCUGAUACUUACAAAUGCUCACCUGUUAGAACCGUGGAGAUUUGGGAAAACAACUGUCAGGGGUGUAAGAUAUGGAUCCCAGUCAGAGGAUCUUUCCUUCUUGACUGAGGAAUCUGCAUCGCUUGUCCAGAAUAGAGUUGAGGGCAACCAGAAGAUUCAGAGUUUGCUGCCAAAGUCGCUGAAGACUGUGAAUACUUUUCUCUCUAAUGAGUUUAGUGGAUAUAAAAUGAAUUCAUCUUACAGAGGCCAUAGAAACAUACGUGUUCGCCUGGAUCAUAGGCAACCCUGGGUUUGGUGUGAUGCUAAAGUACUAUAUGUUUGUAAAGGACCUUUAGAUGUUGCCCUGCUGCAGCUUGAGUAUGUUCCCGAUCAACUUUCGCCUAUCAUCGUGGAUUUUGAAUGCCCAUCUUUGGGAUCAAAGGCAUAUGUUAUUGGACAUGGACUCUUUGGCCCAAGAUGUGGCUUCUUCCCAUCUGUCUGCUCUGGUGUGGUAGCAAAAGUGGUCAAAGCAACGAUGCCCAACUCGUAUUCAUUCAGUCAAGAAGGAGAUACACAAGGACAAUUUCCAGUGAUGCUUGAAACAACAGCCGCUGUCCAUCCUGGUGGUAGUGGUGGUGCUGUUGUCAAUUCAGAUGGUCAUAUGAUUGGACUUGUUACAAGCAAUGCAAGGCAUGGUGGUGGAACAGUUAUACCGCAUCUGAACUUUAGUAUUCCAUGUGCUGCUCUGGCACCAAUCUUCAAAUUCUCAGAGGAUAUGCAGGAUCUGUCACUUCUACGAAUCCUUGAUCAACCGAAUGAACACCUUUCUUCUGUAUGGGCAUUGAUGCCACCGCUAUCCCCCAAGCCCCCCCCUCUGCCUAAUCUGCCGCAAUCGCUACUAGAAGAUAACAACAAAGAAGGGAAGGGUUCCCGUUUUGCUAAAUUUAUGGCUGAAAGGCAGGAGUUGCUUAAAAAGUCCAUCCAACUUCGCAAGAUGGAAAGGCUUUCUAAUGAGAUCAUCCCCAGCAAGUUAUGAAUAUCUGGCAAUUUUCCUGCACUGUGUAAGAGCGCGCCUCAAGAGGAGUGAUGUCAGGUCUGAUAGCCUAUCAUGUGGUAGAUUUCGGUCUGCCUUCUGAUUCUCACAGGUUGGACAAAGAAUGAAUUGGUGGUUGAAAGGUUGUGUUCUUGGAAUUAUCAUGGUAAAGAUAAGUGCUAUGCACGAGUGAAAUAGACUGGUUCUUUGUAUAACACAGUUCCACUAAUAUUUUACAGGUGAUAUAUUUCUAAAAGGAUGUCCAAUAGAAAUUAAAGUUUUAUUCUGUACUAA